AUGGCUAUGGAGAUUCAUCAUGAAAAAAAUCUGUGCUCUUGUGAGAUUCAGGCAAAGGAACAAGUAGCAAACAGGGUUAAUGGGGUUCGAGUUUUAGGGAAUCAACUUUUGGUGGAGUUUGAGUAUGAAGUGGAGCACCACUAUUUCAAUAUCUCAUCGGAAACUUUACAUUCAACUCUUCUAUACAAAACUCAAGAAAACAAUGGCAAAGCAACAUUCCGUUGCGAUAUCAGCCGGUUGAAGGAUUCCACUUUCAUUCACAAAGCUGUUUCUGCAAAGCUUUCCUCCUUACAAAUCCACUCGCAGUUCCAUGGCGAAAUCGCAAAGGAGAUCAUCAAAUAUGCUAGGAAAAGCAUUCACCGCUCCUUCUAUGACAACGAUCGCUCUUUCUUUACCUUGUUUGCCAAGGUAACAAGAACCCACAAUAUGUACCGUUGCGAAAGGUGUUUGGAGUUGCAGGCUAUGGAGAAUUCAAUGGUGGAGCUGCAAAGGAGGAACUGUGGAAUGGUACCGGCCAAGAAAUCAUCGGUUGAGAAGCUGUUAAAGAGGGUUAGGGUUGUGGCGGCAGAGGAAGAGGACGAGGAAGAAGAGAAGUACAGUCGAAAGAGGAAGAUGAGAAGAUGUGUUGGUGAAAACAAGACAUGCACAAUAUGUCUUGCAGAGUUUGGUGCUGGUGAUGGAGAUGGAGAUGGAGAUAUGUCACGAGCUUCUUGCAUGCCAUGCUUGCAUGUGUUUCAUGAAGACUGCAUACGAACUUGGUUGGAUAACAGUCAUUACUGUCCGGUUUGCCGAUUUGAGAUGCCCACUGAUUCAAGAACAUAA